CGUGUCCAGGUGAUGCCUUCGUGGGCGUUUAAGAAAAGCAUCAAUUAUUCAGCGAUGUCUUGCAACGCGGAGAAAUUGAUACGUUUAUUUUUAUUUGUAAUAAUUGGAUAUUUUUACACAUUUCCGCUUUGUUACUCGGUAAGUUUGGGGCAGUACGAGGACGAUAUUUUUGCCUAUCGAGUUCAUGACUGGGAAGGAAUUAACAAAGACAGCGGCGUACACCAGGGGAAAUGGCACCUCGUUGAACAGGUUAUCCGGAGUCCUAAUGCACUUAAAUUCAACCAGGCGGAUCUCAACGAGCUUCGGCCUGAACCCGGUGUUUCUCCCGGAGACCCAUCCGUACAUUUCAGUGCACCAAAACUUCUUAAAACUGGCUUCAACUUUGGGCUCACCAACUCCUCCUGGACUAUUGGUAAAGUCAGCACGAAAUCAGGGUCCUCAUCUCCAGACUCUGAAGAUGGCUACCAAGGAGAUUUUACAGGUUUUCAUGGACUUCAGGGAAAGAUUUCGGGCCUAAUCCCUGACAGUAGUCCACAUUUCUCCGAGUGGCAGACCAUACAGCCUUUGGUGAAAUGUGACAACAAUGUCAUGAUCAUCACUGCCUCUGGUCAAGGAGCCAUGCACUUACAAGUGAACAGAGUGGGAGACUUCCCAAUCUCCAUCUUCAGUUUGCCUCCAUACUGUGGUUACUCACUGAAGACAGCAUACAAGGACCUCGAGAUGAAGAUGCCUUAUGAUGCAUGCUACAUUACUCAGGAGAAUGGCAGUUAUGUUCUGCCCAUAUUGUGGCGGGCCAACCCGCUGAAGUUCUCUUGCCCGAUGUGGAUCACAGAACUUGCCCCCAUGAUCUCCCUUUCUGACCCUUUAGUCUUCUGCUCCCCUGACAGUAUGGUGGUACAGAUACAUGGCCAAGAGAAAAGUAUACCACUGCUAGGAGUCACAGUGAGUGGAACUUGGGGUCCAUUUGUAUCUGAACAGUGUGCAAGCUUUGACUCCCAGUCUCAGGAGCUUACCUUCUUCAUCUCCUACAGCGCUCCUUGCAUCACUAGUAAGGAUGGACUACACCUCCAGCUUUUAUUAGAUGGUCAAGACUACAUGCUCUCCUGCCCACCCCACACAACUUCUCUAACUCCUACUCCAUCUCCUGGUGACCCUCAGUUUCCCUACCCUAUCCCAUAUCCCGUUAGCACUGGACCAACAACCACUCCUCCUCUUUCUCCUCCUCCUCUUCCCUCUCCUCCUCCUCCCUCCCAUCAAACCCCAUCUCAGGAGCAGAUUGCACAAUUUCCACACUAUCCUUACUACUUCUACCUGCCCCCUCCAACUUGGUCUAACACUCUGUCUCCCGGUAACCCUCUUGUUGCCUACAUCCCAGAUUCUGUUAGCUUUGCUCCCACUUCCUCUCCUUCCCCUCCAACUCAGGAGCAGAUUGCACCAGUUCCAGAAUAUCCUCACCCCUACCUGCCAUCUCCACCUUGGUCUCCUACUCCGUCUCCUAGUCACCCUCAGUUUCUCCAUCUCCCAGGUCCUGUUAGCCCUGUAACCACCUUUCCCUCCAUUCCUGCCCCGCUUCAUCAGCUUCCAACUCUCGGUCAAAUUCCACAGCUUGUGGACUAUCACUACUAUCCUUCCUCUGGAGUGACUCGGUAUCUUCAGCUGCCCCAAGUUCACCAAGUUGCCCCAAAACCCACUCGCCCACCUCAGCCCACCCAUGGCAGUCCUUCUGGACAGCAAGAGCAACUGUUUCUCUAUCCCACUGACAUCAAAUACCACUUUGCUAUUUCUCCUGCCACCCAGCCCCCCAAACCUCCAAAAAGUCCUCAUUAUUCUCAGUAUCAUCUUCAGCUACCAUACUAUCCUGAACCCACUGCAGCACCAGUGACCCAACAACCUGCUCCUCUCCCUUCCAUGCCACAGUCUCCUGUUGAUCCACAGUAUCAAGUUGAUCCACCUUAUCUACCCAAUCCUGUCAGCUCCUACUACCCUCAUUGGUCGAUUUCUUACACAAAACCUUCUACUGACAGUCCCUCCAGCCAGUUUCAUCCCCAAAGACACAAUUACUUGCCACUGCCUGCACUUCAGCCAUUGGCCAAAGGAGAAUUUCAGAAACCAGCGGUUCCACAAACCACCUGCCCACCACACUUGGAUGCUAUUUGCAGCUUUUCUGUUUCUUCUAAUUUUCCUAAUUAUCUUACUCUUUCCCAGUCACAAUACCAUCCACCCUACCUCCCUGUGCCCCAGUAUCCACAGAUUCCCCAAGCAAUGACGACACAAAAUCCUGCCACCAUGACUCCCCCUACUACAACCACAGCUUGGACCAAUCUACAGGAUCCCUAUCUUAAGUGUCUGAUUGAGAAAAUGUCUGUCUUCCUGCCUUAUGCUCACACAGAAUCCAUUCAGCUCAGAGAACAAAAAAAGGGAUGGGUGUUACUCUCCAGUGUGUCUCCGCAUUGUGGGUACAUGCUACAGAUGCCACAGGACUUUGGGGUAAUCCUCCACUCUCCUCUGCCUGCCUGUCACAGCCAGAUACAGACUCCCUCGACCAUUUCUUUGCCCAUAAGGUUUUGGGACAGAUCCAUAGAACAGUACAGGACCUUGGACCCACAAUGCCCAUAUCUAAGUACUCUUAAAACUCCAGCACCAGUUACCCCAGCCUUCUCAAAGAGCCUACCAACCACCACCGAGGGCCCUGUCGUUGCAGAGGCUAAAAUCUUCUGCUCGUCCCAUCAUAUGGAUGUGGAGCUCCCUGCUGGUCCAAUUUCAGGAAUAGCUAUUAAAGACACCAAGAGACACCUGAUGAACCUCCAGGAUUUUCCAGCGUACUGUAGGUAUUCUGCAAGCAAAGGCAAAGAUGGCAAAAUCCAUUUGAUUCUUCAGUUACACUCAGUGUGUCACAUGAGUGUAAAGGGAAACAUGUACACCAUCACUGUUGUCUACAUGACAGCAACUGGGAGAAAGGAGGCUCAAUUCUCUUGUCCAGUUGUCAUCCCGGUGUCUGGGCAAGAGUGCAACCUUCCUAGUGAACAUCGUCUCCCCUGUGGAUCCAGCUCUGUAUCCCAGCCACAGUGCCUCUCCAUGGGCUGCUGCUUCAACAAGCACCCCCCUGCCUGCUACUACCCCAUGGAUGAGUGCACUAUUGACCGCCACUUUGUCUUCUCUGUGCCUGCCUCCCUCACGGAGCCCCCUCUUUCCCCUGCCCUGCUUGUUGCUGCCACCGACACCACCUGCAAGCCUCAAAGAGUAAUUGCUGACUACGCCUUGUUCAAGAUCCCAAUGGAUGGCUGUGGGACACACAGAGUGAUGGUGGGGAAAACUGUAGUCUACAUGGUGGAAAUCAUCAACAAGGUUCAAACUCUCAGCCUCAACUAUGGCACAAUCACAAGAGAUUCUCCUGUCAGGUUGCUGGUGGAGUGCAGGUUAUCACCAGGAUCAGCACUGACUGUUAGCUAUGUAGUCAAAACGCCAACCAUUAGUCCUGAAGUUCAGUCCCAAGGGGUGUUUGGAGUCCAGCUCAGGAUUGCAGAAGAUGGACAGUACAGCAGCUACUAUCCACAGUAUCACCAGCCUCUGCAAAUGUUGCUGGGAAAACCACUGUAUCUGGAAGUGCGGCUCCUAAAUUCUCCAGAUCCCAGUUUGGUGCUGUUGGUGCACUACUGUCUUGCCUACCCACGCUCCGGAAAAGCUGUGUGGGUGCUACUUUACAACGGAUGUCCCAACCCCUUGGACCCAGCCUUGUCACAGACUCUGCCAUCUGAUCCUCAACCAUCCACCCCUAAAAGUCAGACCCGCCGCUUCACCAUCACCACCUUUCAGUUCCUUCCUGAUGGUGAGUUCAAGGACCCGAAUGAAGAGAUGUACUUUAUGUGUUCGACUGAAAUCUGCUCACCACAUGAGGGGCCUUGUGUUGAGGGAUGCUUUGGACAGUGACGUUACAACAUAGAAGACGCUUGAAGUUAUGCAGAUGAUGAACUUGUGUCGCUCAUUAAACUACCAAUAAAAACCCUUAAAUAACA